UCGUCGUCCCUGCGUUGUUUGGGGACAGUAGCAAGAUGGCGGCGGCCCCGCUGUACUGUGUCUGCCGGCAACCCUACGACGUGAGCCGGUUUAUGAUCGAGUGUGACAUCUGCAAGGACUGGUUCCACGGCAGCUGCGUGCAGGUGGAAGAGCACCAUGCUGUGGACAUCGACGUCUACCACUGUCCCAACUGCGAUGUCGUACACGGACCCUCCCUGAUGAAAAGGCGCCACAACUGGCACCGCCAUGAUUACACGGAGCCGAACGAUGGAGCCAAGCCGGUGCAAGCCGGCACCCCCGUCUUCGUCAAGGAGCUGCAGAGCCGGACAUUCCCAAGUGGCGAGGAGAUCCUGUUGAGGAUGAAGGGCGAGCAGGUGACCCCCAAGUACCUAGAGCGCCACGGCUUCAACUACCCCAUCGUCGUCACAGAGAUGGAGGGCCUGGGACUCAAGCUGCCGCCCCCGACAUUCAAUGUCAGAGACGUGGAGCAGUACGUGGGUGGUGAUAAAGUGAUCGACGUGAUCGACGUAGCACGGCAGGCCGACAGCAAGAUGAAACUCAGCCAGUUUGUCAAGUAUUUCACAAAUGCCCACCGGCCCAAAGUCCUCAACCUCAUCAGCCUGGAGUUCUCGGACACCAAGAUGUCCGAGCUGGUAGCGGUCCCCGACGUGGCCCAAAAGAUGUCCUGGGUGGAGAACUAUUGGCCGGACGACUCCUUCUUCCCCAAGCCGUUUGUCCAAAAGUACUGCCUCAUGGGCGUCAAGGACAGCUACACAGAUUUCCACAUUGACUUUGGUGGCACGUCCGUCUGGUACCAUGUUCUCUGGGGUGAGAAGAUCUUCUACUUGAUCAAGCCCACGCCCGCCAACCUUGCACUAUAUGAGGCAUGGAGCUCCUCACCCAAUCAGAGCGAAGUGUUCUUUGGGGACAAAGUGGACAAGUGUUACAAGUGCGUCGUGCCCCAAGGGACCACCCUGCUCAUCCCCACAGGCUGGAUCCAUGGCGUUCUCACCUCUCAGGAUUGCAUGGCCUUUGGGGGAAAUUUCCUGCACAACCUCAACAUCGGCAUGCAGCUCAGGUGUUACGAAAUGGAGCGUCGUCUGAAAACGCCAGACCUCUUUAAGUUCCCGUACUUUGAGGCCAUCUGUUGGUAUGUGGCCAAGAACCUCUUGGAAACUCUCAAAGAGCUUCGAGAAGACACGUGCCCACCACCUACCUAUCUGACGGAGGGAGUGAAGGCUUUAAUCUGUGCACUAAAGACCUGGUUGAAAAGAGAGGUGACUCAGCCCAACAGCGAGGUCCCAGACAACAUCAGGCCAAACCAUCUCAUCAAAGAGCUAACCAAGGAAAUACGCCACCUCGAGGAGGAGCCGAGCAGCGGAGGUGGUGCUGCUGGUGUUAGUGUGGGCUGCGGCUCCAGCAACAGCAGCAGUGUCGCCAAGCCCGUCAAAACUCAGGGAAGUGUCUGUGGAGUUCCCGCCACAUCUGGCGGAUGCUCGUCCACUCGCGCCACACUGGAGCGUCUGUGCCAGGCCCGGCAGGCGAGGCGUGCCGCCAGGCGUCUGAGGGAGCAGCAGCGGCACACGCCCAAGGCACCGUCCAACCUGGACAUCUUGGAGCAACACACCAGGGCGGUGCUGAGGAGGCUGGAGGUGGGACCGCUGGAGGAGGAUGCGGCAUUCUGUGCCAAGGUUCACGGGAAGCUCAACAAAGCAUCAACGGCGUCAGCCGCAGCCGCCGCCGAGUCUCUGGAGGAGAACCACCUCCGACUCAUGUUGGUCAACGGCAGGAUCAUCAAAGACAUGAGGCGGCCUGGCACCAGCCCCGUGAAGACGGAGGCUGACAGACAAGCUGCUGGUCAAGCGAAGAGCGCGGACGUCAAGUCGGAGCGGACGCAGGUCAAUCGAGGGCAGCACAGCGAGGCCCACAAAGCUAGCCUCCUCUUGGGUCUGGAGAGGGUGAAGACUGAACUCAGGGAAGACGCGUCAGGACACUCGUGUGUGUCAGACGUGGAUUCAGACAGCGAUGCUCCCACACGGCGCAAAGUGUCUCCGUUGUCGUCGUCGUCCUCUGAUGAGGAUUCCGAGAGUUCCCAGGAGGAAGAGGAGGAGCGGCAGAAAGCCUCAGGGCACACCAUUGAGCUGGACCAGUCUCGCCACAAACCACUCAAACGAGAACGUCCUACCUCACCCAGCACGGAAGAAGCCAUUCAGGGGAUGUUGUCCAUGGCUGGCCUGCUCUGCUCCACCGAGCCGGAGAAGGUGGCCGCCUCCCAGGAGCCCUGGUGGUCAAGCCCCAGCCUGGAGGGGCAGCAGAGGGGGCCGGCGCACCAGGGGGACGCCAGCCCCAUGGACAGCCAGGGCAACAGCAGCGAGGCCUGGGACAAUCAGGGGCUCCCUAGCCCCGAGCCCAACUACCAGUACUGUGACUCCUCCAUGUCGCCCCCCCUGCAUCCCUCCAAGAGACACGCCCCCAAUCCCCCACCCAUCAGCAAUCAAGCCACUAAAGGUAAGCGUCCUAAAAAAGGCAUGGCCACAGCCAAGCAGAGACUGGGCAAGAUUUUGAAACUCAACAGACACAGUCGCGUUUUUGUCUAAACACUCCAAAAACAACAGACGCUACAGACUUGAUUUUUUUUUUUUUUCUCCCGACGCCUUGGGCUCAUGAUCAUGUUGACUGUGCAUGCUUUGGAGACAGGGUAAUGGAUUCCACGAAAGCAAACGCACGACUUUACUACAAGCACACCAGGAACAACAAAAAGAAUGGAGGAAGACGGAGGUUCUUCAUCAGGGAGCGUCAUCAGAAGCUCCUGUGGGCAUGGUGAGAAGUGGACGUUUACCAAACAAGAUCCCUACUGCUUUUGAAGCCAAGUCGCCUGCGUCACGCAUUUUUAUUCUUCCCCCACCCCUCGGCCAUCUUUGAGGACGGCGCCACCGCAGGGACUUCCACGAGGCCUGCUAACAGAGGUUGAACUGAGAUUUCAAAAUGGUGCUCAUUGUUUGUACUUUAACCACCCUCCUUCCCUCUCCAAAAAGACUUGUUCACACCAGCAAUAAUGACCCCCCCCUCCAAAAUCCCCUAUUUCUUCACUGUUCUUUUUUUGUACAUAUGAGUGACACAUUGCUGCCCCCUGUUGUUUUGAAAUAGGAAUCAUGAGUAGGUAUGGGGUGAAAAACAAAAAACCCAAACGACUCUCAUGGAUUUUAAUUUAUUUCGUGUUUUGUGUGAUUUUUCUUUUUUUUUUGUAAUGUUAUUUUUAUGGAUUCUGAUGUAUUUAUUAAUGCAGAGAUACAAUUUUAUUAUAUUUUGACCCCAAACCUCAGCUACUGAGGUGUCUCCUUUCCCAAUGGGGUUUCUUUCGUUCUUUACUUUUCUUUUAUGUAAAUGUGAAAGUGUUUUGCGUUGGUGUGCUGGUCAUCUGUUGUGUAUCAAAUCCUUUUCUUAGUCGUCUUCUCUUUAGCCGGUGGUUUGGCGCCAUAUGCGACUAGAACGGGUCUGUUUUUUGUUUUAACAGAAGCGUCAUCUUCGUCAAUGCGCACCAGAGCGUUUGCAGCUUGUGCCACUAAGUAUUCUGAGCCACUGUGGUCGAUGCAUCCAGAGGUGGCAAAGGAACUUCAGUGUUGAGUUUCUUGUUUUUAGUGCUGAUGUGUGUUUUGCAGUUGUUCACUCUCAGGGAAUGAUGCCAUGAACAGAACCUUUGAUAAAGCACCAGCCACAUUGUGAAUGCGGAAAGAAUGCUCUCCCAUUUUUUUAAAGUCAACUUCCUAGUUCUUUUUCAGCUUCUGUCCAAUAUUUGAUCACACUUCCUGCUCAGUGUUAUUUGGGACAUCCUAAAAAUGAGUUGACCCAACUUGACUAGCGAUGCCAAGUAGCUUUAAGACCACUUUCUCUCUUUCUCUGGAAGCUUUGCUCAGGUUGAAGUGCACGUGACCUGCAAGUGACUUUCGUGUCCUCCAUCUGGAGGCCUCUUUUCCGAACACUUAACCUCUUUGCAUGUCGAGUUGUUUUAAAACCAACAUAAAACAAAAAGCAGCGAGCUGGCCCGCAGGCUGGGUUUGUUCUAUACCCUUCUUUGCCAUCGUUUGCUUUGCAGCUCUCUUUUUGGCAUUUUAUGUUCAUGUGUGACUUCCCAUCAUUUUUAAUUGAGUUGGAAAAAAAACACUGGCAAACUUGGACACUGUUAAUGCAUUUUGUUUCUGCAUUUCAAAAAUUGCGUGUAAAUAAAAUGGAAAAAAAUGGGCAAGAAGUCUCAUUGUUG